CGGAAGGUUGUUUUUCCUUCGAUUUGCGUGACGUCAUCUUCCUGCGAUUCUCUCCAUUUUUGGAGGAUUCAAAAUGGCGGAUUGAUAAUAACACACAGACGGUUUGUUAUUAUUUUUUGUCGGUUGUCGAUGGAACCUCUCGUUUACAGUCAUUAUGGCAGACAAAAAAAGCAAGUCUACAGGAGUAAAGAGGGUGCUGACCAAAAAAGAGCAGGAGGAGCUGAAGAAAAAGGAGGAAGAGAAGGCCGCUGAAGUGUUCGAGGAGUUCUUGGCAUCUUUUGAUGGCAGUGAGAAGAGCGGAGUGAAGACGUUUGUACGAGGAGGAAUUGUGAACGCCACUAACGACGAAGAGGCAGCCGAGGUGAAGAAGAAUAAACUCUACAGACCCUCCUCGAAAUUCACUCCCGUGUCUCAGAAUGUGUCCCCAUCGUCUACAGAAUCGAAAAGAUCUGUCGCUAAAAAGAAAACAGAAGAGAAGAAGAAGAGCAACCUGGAACUAUUUAAGGAGGAGCUCAAGCAAAUACAGGAGGAGCGAGAGGAGCGCUACAAAAGGAAGAAGAGCGACCCAGGAGGAGCGCACACAGACGUGGACCUACCAUUAACACGGCGCUCAAUAUUUGACGAUGAUCCCACGGUGCCCACUACGACUAACCUUUAUAUCGGCUGCAUCAACCCCAAGAUGACGGAGGAGAUGCUGUGUAAGGAGUUCGGGAAGUACGGUCCGUUAGCCAGCGUUAAGAUCAUGUGGCCUCGGACGGAGGAAGAGAGGACGCGAGUGACCAACCGUGGCUUUGUGGCCUUUAUGACACGGAAGGAUGCAGAAAGGGCGCUGGCCGCUUUAGAUGGGAAAACGGUGAUGGGUUUUGAGAUGAAGCUGGGUUGGGGGAAGGCUGUGAGAAUCCCGCCUCAGCCCCUGUACACUCCUGUAGGAGUGCUGAAGCCCACGGCUCCGCCCCCUCCCUCAGGCCUGCCCUUCAACGCCCAGCCCCGCGACCGCUUCCGCAACGACUUCUCCAAAUCGCGCAGCCGCACGUCCGAGGACUUCUACAAGCUCACUUGUCCUUGGACUCUGUACGACGCCAUAGUGACAGUGGUUAUCCCAUCAGAAAGGAACCUGCUGUGCCUCAUCCACAGGAUGAUUGAGUUUGUGGUGAGAGAGGGUCCCAUGUUCGAGGCCAUCAUCAUGAGCCGAGAGAAGAACAACCCAGACUUCAGAUUUCUGUUUGAUAAUAAGUGUCAGGAGCAUGUGUACUACAGAUGGAAGCUCUUCUCUAUACUACAGGGUGAAAAUCCGAGCGAGUGGAAGACGUCGAUGUUCCGAAUGUUCCGGGGCGGCUCUCUUUGGAGGCCCCCUGUCCUCAAUCCCUAUCUCCACGGAGACGAGGAGCCCGAGGAGGACCCCGUCCCUUUCCAGGAGGAGGAGCUAAAGAAAGGGCAGCUCAAACCUGAGCACAGGGAGCAGUUGGAGGUGUUACUGAGGGGUUUAACCCCCCGUAGGGUGGAGAUCGGUGAUGCCAUGCUCUUCUGUCUGGAGAGAGCAGAGGCUGCAGAGGAGGUGGUGUCCUGCAUCGCUGAGUCACUCUCUAUGAUACAGACACCACUGCAGAAGAAGGUUGCGAGGCUUUACCUGGUGUCAGACAUCCUGUACAACUCCAGUGCCAAAGUCUCGAACGCAUCCUACUACCGUAAAUACUUCGAGUCGAAGCUGCCACAGAUCUUCAGCGACAUGGGCGAGGCGUACCGGAACAUUCAGGCCAGGCUGCAGGCCGAGCAGUUCAAGCAAAGGAUCAUGGUUUGCUUUCGUGCCUGGGAGGACUGGGCCAUCUACCCAGAAUCCUUUCUGAUCCAGCUGCAAAACAUCUUCCUGGGACUCAUGAAACCAGGAGAGGAGCUGCCGGAAAGGACGGAGGCUGCCUCUCCGGAUUUGGACGGCACUCCGUUGGACGGCGUUCCUCUGGACGGGGCGGAACUGGACGGGACGCCGCUAGACGACCUGGACGGAUCUCCCUUGGCCUGGGAGCCGUCGUCCAUAGACGGCGUCCCCGUGGACGAUAUCGACGGCGUCCCGUUGGGGCCUGUGCUGGACGACAUUGACGGCGUGCCACUGGACGAAGGCUUGGACAAGACGUUACCGAGCAUUGCCUUGUCUAAGUGGGAGCGUGUGGAUGACGUGGAACAGUCAGCUAAAUCCAACUCCGAGGAUGAGAUGAUUAUGAGCGGCUCGAAGGAGAACGAAGCCGACUCGGACGACGACAGCAGCAGCGACGAUGCGGCGAGCCCCAGCAGGUUCGAGGGGGCGGAGUUUAAAAGCAGCCUGCGCAACUUCGAGAUGUCGGAGAGCAAGCGGAGCCGACUCCGAGAGCUGGAGGUGAAGGUUAUGAAGUUUCAGGAUGAGUUGGAGUCGGGGAAAAGGCAGAAGAAAUCCAACAUGAGCCUACAACAGCAAGUUCAACACUACAGAAACAAACUGCUACAGAAGGAGUUCGAUAAGGACGAAGUGGAAAAGUGGGAGAAGUCCUCAAGCAAACAGAAAGACAAGGCGAAGAAGGACGAGCGGCGCGAACGAGCAGAGGACAAGAGCAAAGGAAAAGAGAGGGAUAGAGAACGGGACAAGGAGAGGGAUCGAGAGAGGAGCAAGAAGAGCGAGGACCGAGAGAGGAGCAGGGGACGGAGUGGGGAAGGGGAAGAGAAGAGUGAGAGGACGAGGUCCCGUUCUCCACGGAAGUCCAAGCGUUCCCGGUCCCCGUCUCCGCAGCGCAGGUCCAGGCGCUCCUCGUCCCGAUCUCCGCACCGCUCGCACAAGAAAUCCAAGAAGAGUAAACACUGACCUCUGAGACCUCGUGUUUCUCAAGCAGCUUGAGGGACUGCACCCGUGAACUGCUCACCACACACACACACACUCUGUAUAACGCUUCUCAACUGGACUAGGCCCAGGAGCUACUGUCUGUAUGUCUCCCAGAAUUCUCCUCUUCGUGGCUGCUCUGAUUCUAGGCGUCGGCCGAUGUUUUUUUUUUUUUUUUUGUAACAUGAAGUUGAAUCAUUUCUUUGUACAGGUGUCUUAGUUUUGUUCUUUUAAGGAACGCCCCUCUGUAAAGAUUUACGACCAUUGUUCGCACAGUCUUUACAAAUAAACAUCUCUUGGUGGUAAAUGUGAUUCCGACCGUGUGGAUUCCAUCUCGCUGUAGAAUAAAAACCCCAGACUUCUACACGACCCCUCAUCAGAAACCUCAAACAUAAUGAAUAUGCAAAUCGGAAACCCUCGAUGCUCCGCCCACUUCCACUGGUAGACUGAUAGAGUAACAAUUUGAUUAACCCUCGAUUUUAUUUGUCUAUAGGAAUUUUUUCAUUCCGCUGAGUCACGGAGUCGUUUUGUAAACGAGCGCUCGAUCGAACGUGACCCAAUAAACCACAGAACCUCUGACCAGGAUAAUAAAUCUGUUACAGAAGACUGGAGGAAGAAGAAGAAGAAGAAGACAAUAGCUCGUUUGCCCAAGAUUUCCUCAUUGUCCAUGAAAUCCUUUAUACUUUAUUCUUUCAUGAAUCCUUUAAAAAAAAUAACAAAGUGGUUCGAUUUCUUUUUUUCUUUUCUUUUUUUUUGUACAAGCAAACAGUAACACUGAUAAACACCCAAAACUGAAAUGGUGUGAAAGCUCAAACAGAAUGAAGAGGAAGCGAAUAGGAACUGGUGUGUGUGUGCUGCAUGUGUGUGUGUGCGCUGCAUGUGUGUGUGUGCUGCUAGCUUACAUCACUGAUCAGAUAUGAAACUGUAAUGUAGGAUACGUGGCUUAAACGUAACGUUUAACACACAGUGUAAAACCGCAGCAGAAAGAAAACCUGUUUAUGUUUAGAGAAGAAAAAUUAGAUUUUUUUUGUCCGUUUGAUCAAAAAUCAUACAUUCUCUUGUUUGUAACGACGUCUCAACCGUUUUGUCUGGUCAGGAGGAGGAGAUAAAACGACGGUAUGUACCCGUAACCAUGGCAACGAUCUAACGACCGUCGCCGAACUUUCCUUUCCUUUCGAAGUUAACUGCAAAGUGGGAACAAAAAAAACGGCUGAGACUCAGCAGUCACCCAGACCAAACAAAAACACUGCAGCACCUCUGGACCUCGUUCACGUCUCUAUAGCACGCUAGCUAUGACUAAUCCCAAACCUACGCAGAUGUUCUACAGCAGGCAUCGAUACGUCGAUGCGUCUUGUUCGGUUUAGACUGAUUUCAGUCGGCAGUUGUAUCGGGAAUUAUUAUUCCUUACUACUGAAGUCUCAUACUGAAAGAUUUCCACCGCUGGAAAUGUUCUGUUGUGUUUCCUUUAUUUUUGCUACCGUGCUGUGCAUUGAGCCUCGUUUAUCACGUCGGCUGUGCACAGAAUGACGCGAGAUUUAUUAAAGCUUGUUAAUUUCACAAGAUUAUUGUGAGAGAGUGAGUUUUAAAGCCAAACGGCAGAUAGAAGUGUUUGUGUGUUAAACUGCUGCAUUGGCUGAGCUGCAUUAGUGGAAAGGUGAGUGCAUGCCCACUGUAGUUGUGGGUAAACGCAAAUCAGCUGUACCGUGAACCCGCCUGCUGAUUUCCGACGGAACGGCGUUAAUAAUGAAAUUAUUCCUGUACGAGUUAAAAAUCGGCGCCGGAAAUCUUUGUAAACGUAGCAUGGAUUUCUAGCUCCCUGUACACGCUUUAUUAAAAGAUUGAUAAAUGAGGCCUGUUGUGUGUCGUGUUGCUGUGGGUCAGUUAGGUUUCGCCCCCAUUGCACUGAGAACGUUGUAGAUUUUUUUUUUUUUAAACUCAGACCAACCUCGUUUUGUAAAUUACCGCCGUCUGCCGAGAGAAAAGAAGAAUAAGGGGAAAAAAAAGA